AUGGACGUAAAGGCGCUUCGUCAACAGAACAAUGUCUGGAGUGUAAAGUACUUUGCCAUAGCCAUUGGCGGCCUCAUGGCUCUCACCAUCAUUUGCCACUGGUGCGAGUUCCUGAUCUCGAGGCAUGCUUCGAGAAGGGCGAUUCCAGGGUUCAAGAGACUCUCACAGUGUCGACGUGUACUUGGUCGCUUCAUGAAUAAUUCGAUCUUCGAUGUUGCUCUUGAAAAAUGGCUACUUUAUACUAUCUAUUGGUCGAUCAAUCUGAUUUUCAUCUUGACUAAUAACAAUCUGAACUCGCUGAUCUAUGUGGCGAAGCGUCUCGGCUGGAUCUCUGUGGCAAACUUCGUCUUAUUGGUAUUCCUUGCCUUACGCAACACGCCACUUGCACCUCUAUCCGGAACUUCCUACGAGAAGCUUCGUCCACUACACAAGACAGCCGGAUAUACCUGUAUCGCUACCAGUGUCAUUCAUGGGGUUGUAUAUCUAAACGCCUGGGCACAGAUUGACCAUCUUCACGAGAUGGGCGAAACCAGGAACCUUGUGGGUGCUAUCGCCGGCCUGGCUAUGGUGAUUAUCGGCAUUUCCACCAUCGGCUGGAUAACUCGCAAGUACUAUGAACUGUUCUACGCGAUUCAUCUGGUGAUGUUCUUAUUGAUCAUCGUACUCAUUUGCAUGCAUCGACCAAGCUUUGCCAAAUCCACUGUCAUCAUCGUGAUCUUUACAGCCUGUCUCUGGGGUGCAGAUCGUCUGAUUCGAUUCACCAAACUGUGCUGGAACAUGCCUGGCAAUUUCGCCACUCUCACUCCGAUGAUCGACGGCGCAGUACGAGUGAAGUUGCAGCGCUCUUUAUGUUGCACGCCGGGGUCUCACGCAUUCCUGUGGAUGCCCUCGAUACGCUUCUUCGAAUCUCACCCGUUUACCCUGGUGUCUAACAGUCCGGUCGAAUUUCUGAUUCGAGAAUACGAUGGCUACACCCGUGAUUUGAUUGAGAUGGCUCGGCAACAACCGGGUGUGCGCCUGAGGUGCUCAAUUGAUGGACCAUACGGCCAGGUUCCUAACUUUGGAGAAUUCGAUCACACUAUUCUUGUGGCUGGGGGAAGUGGUGCCAGUUUCACUUUUGCUCUUGCGCUCGGCGUCCUGAAGGGAAACGCUGCCAAUAUUUCCACAAAGACUAUUGACUUCAUCUGGUCUGUUAAGCAUUCCGACUCAUUGAAGUGGUUCGAAAAUGAGCUCCAACAACUACAAGAAAACCCCGCUGUCAAUCUGCACAUCCAUGUCUCAAGAGACGAUGUAUCCUCGGGGGAUGAUUCCUCGAGUCUCGAAUUAGCACAAACGACAAUCGACGUGGAGAAAGGAACCGAAAAGAACGAAUGUCAAACAAUUUCCGUUGCUGCUCGACGAAAAGGCAGGCCCGACAUUGCCAAUCUGCUCGCCAGUUGCAUCUCACAAUGUGGUCCCGAGGCAAGAAUUGGGGUGGCGGCGUGUGGUCCGAGUCAAAUGACCAAGGCAACCCGGGCUGCGGUCUAUCAGCGUACAUUUGAUGUUGGUCCGUCAAUCACUUUAUACACCGAGGAAUUCGGUUGGUGA